UCGAUGAUAUGGACAAAAUCAUCGAGACAUCGGGGAGCGGCGACGGGGGCGGCGGCGGUGGUGGUGGCGGAGGAGGAGGAGGAGCAGCGUUGAGAAUACUGGCGCUGCUUCAGGACACAGCUGAAUUCUUCGACAAGUCGAGAGCCGAAGCUGCUGCCGCCGCCGCUGCUGCCGCUCGCGGUUCAACCGCGGAAGGUACUCCGAACAGAACAACGGGAGGAACUCCGAACAAAGCAACCGCCGCCACCCCUCAACCGGCAGAUAGGGGGAGUGGUAGCGGCGGCAACACCUCAUCGCCCCAAUCCCAACCAUCGGGCAGCUUAAGGAUCGUGGGUGGAGAGGGAGAAAGGUUUGCUUGGACGCCAGGCGAAGGGAGUCGGGCAGCGGAGGGAGCGAGACCGAAAGGAGGUGGGUGUGACGACGUAACGGGCGAGGCGGCGGCUGUGCGCGUGGUGAGCACCUGCUCGACGUCAGACCGGGGGAUGCUGGCGCUUUAUGGACGGUAAGUCAAACCAGGCAAACACCAACUCUUGAUAACCAAUCUCUUUCUUUGUCCUCGGUUUUGCCAAUUUUCCCCAAACGUGAACGCCGGUACGGCACCUCCGUGGAACUAAUCUGUGCGUUGCGGCUUGCGAUGCGCACCAUUUACUUUUAUUUAGGCGGAAUCGUUGCUGCGGUGGAGGCAGAGCCCCGUCGGUCACUUGGCUUUCGUGUCUUUGUUUUCCAUGACCCUGUGGCCGUGGCUUACAACAGAUCCCCUGUCCCUCCCACCCAAGCGUGCUGGCAAUGCUGCGGUGCUUCGAUCGAUCAAUCCGAACUUCGGUCUACGUGGUUGUAAGCUUGUCCGACCGUUCCAUUUGACACCGCCGCCGCCGCACACGCUGAAGCCCCCUCACCCGGAUCGCGUGCUCGCCUCACCCCUACCCACUCCCAUCUCACCUCCCCUUCCCCCCGGCACGACACGAAUUCUAUCCAACCCCGCUGGGUUGGAAUCGGAAAAAGCUUCGUCCACGCGGUUGCGAGGGUGCAAAAUACGACCGGGCCGGACUGCUUCUCGUUGAGGAUCGACCCCGGCAUCGGCACAGCGCCUGCCCCUUACCCUUACCCUCCUCGUCGCCCUGCGACCGCAUCGCCGCCCCACGGGUCUGGAGGGUUCGCCCCGGGAUUCACGCCAUGGGACGGCGGUGGUAGCGGUGGUAGCGGUGGUGGUGGUGGUUGUGGUGCUUCACAUGAGGAAGUGGUGGAGUACGUGCGGUCCCAGAGAAAUGGGUCGUUUGCUUUGUUCUGAGUGAAGGUGGAGCUAUGUAGCGAUUCGUCUAGAUUGGUCCCUGGCACUAUGCACAGCGGUGUUGAUUGCGGCAGCGAGUUUUGAUGGCCGUUUCGAAUAACUUGAUGAUAGUGGCUGGUGUUGGCUGUACCGCGAAGCACGGCCGGCUAUCUCAGGGAUGAGCUGUCUGCUUCAUUCUGAGUGAAUACGGGGAAUGUUCUUCAAUGAGAAGAGACCGUGCCGACAACCUUUAAGGUCGGCACAGAAACUGCGGGCAUAUCACGUAUCGCUAAUUACGUUGCUGCUCCAUUUUUUCUGUGUGCACUUGAAAAAGAUGCUACUUCGUUCUUUUAUGUCGUAUGACGC